AUGCUACCUUUCUCGUGGUUUGUGGUCUGCUUUACCCUCCUGAUCACGGUUUAUGGGCACGAUCGAACCGUGAUACAUUUUCCAGAGGCCGCUACAAAUCAAGCCAACCUCUCAUCAGCUCACCUUCCAUCUCAAUCUCGACAUUGUAUCGUCACACCAUACGGCUGGGGAAGAGACGACUCAUCUCAGAUACUCGCGGCCACCCAGAAAUGUGCUCGCAACAGUGUCAUCACGCUUCCAGCGCCCUUCGUGUACACCAUCUCGAGGCGAAUGUACAUGAAACUGGAUAACGUACGCUUGGAGAUCCUCGGCACGCUCUCGUUCACGCCCGAUCUUUUGUACUGGAUCGGAAAUUCCUUCCGCGUGGAGUUUCAGAAUCAGUCCACAGCGUGGAUCGUCGAGGGCCAUGAUGUGAUUGUCACUGGUGGCGGGUGGAGACAGGGCGGUAUCGACGGGAAUGGCCAGGCGUGGAUGACACGUGCUGCGGGACACAGCAAUCAGUUUGGCCGUCCAAUUGCGCUAUCUCUCUACAAUUCGUCCAAUGUGCUUGUGGAAGACUUCUCCAUAUGGCAGCCACAGUUUUGGUCUUUCAUGGUGCAGGAUAGCAGCAACAUCGAGCUGCGAGGUAUUUACAUCAACGGCACGAACACCGAUCCCAAUGGCAAUUCUUCAAACUACGAGACAAAUAUAGACGGCUUGGACACACUCCGUGUGGAUAACCUCACUGCCGCCGACUGGCUCUUCCACGGCGGUGACGACUGCCUGGCGCCGAAGGGUAACAGCACCAACUUGACGUUCCGCAAUCUCACCUGUGUCGGUGGAGGUGUCGCAUUCGGGUCGUUGGGCCAAUAUCCUGACUCGCCUGACUACAUUCACUCCGUUUGGGCGGAAAAUAUCACCGUUGCUCAAGCAGUGAGCCCCAUCCUCGGCGGCGCAAAUGUCUCGGGAGGAGCCUACUUCAAAUCCUGGGUCGGUGUCUCGGAAGGCGAGCCACCGCAAGGAGGCGGUGGAGGAACAGGCUCUGUCGCGAACGUGACAUUCACCAACCUGACGGUCCACAACACCACAAACGCCAUCUCCAUCAACAAGUGCUACUUCAAGGUAGCCGACCAAGCAAACUACUGUGAUACCAGCACGCUCGAGUUCGGGGACUUGCACUUUGAACAUGUACAAGGCUUCGUCAGCGGCGACGUGGCGAUUGCCUUGAAUUGCAGCGCGGCGAUGCCAUGUCGAGAUAUUGAGAUACGAGAUGCAUUCUUGACCUCUGCAAAGAAUGGGAGCACCAAGGUUACGUGUGACAAUGUGGUGAAUCUAGAGGGUCUCCGAUGCAACACUACCCUGUCGCGGUAA